ACCAUAGCUAUCUAGACCUGAGGGCACUGCUUCAGACGAGACCUGACUGGACCCACCUGCAGAAUUUUUGCACAGUAGAGAGAGAUGGGAAAUUUUAAAGGUCAUGCUCUUCCAGGGAGUUUUUUCCUUCUCUUUGGUUUGUGGUGGUCUGUGAAGUAUCCCUUGAAGUACCUGUGUCGAAAGAAAAAAAACACUUCUCCCCUUGGUUCCAAAGCAGGAUUUCAGCGCUUAGAAUUUACUGAGGGCAUCUUCAAAGCUGCAUUUGCUCUUAUUGGUAUGAUAGCUGAGCAGUUUGUUCCUGAUGGACCUCAUCUGAAGCUAUAUAAUUAUGAAAAGAAGCAAUGGGAUCACCUCAUGAACUGGCAGCAUGCUACCAUGUAUCUCUUCUAUGGCAUCUCAGGGCUGGUAGACAUUGUGGCUCACAGCACUAAUGUGUUACCAGUAGCCAUGGACAGAAUGAUGCUCUCAUUAGCAGUUUUUGUGGAAGGUUUUCUGUUUUAUUAUCAUAUUCAUGGGCGAGCCAUGUUGGAUCUCCAUGUUCAUCAGUUACUUUUAGUAGCCAUCUUUGGAGCAGCAAUCUGCAUAUUCCUGGAAAUCUUCUUCCGUGGCAUUAUAGUCCUUGAGAUGUUGCGAACAAGCCUCUGCAUAUUGCAAGGGAGCUGGUUUUGGCAGAUUGGAUUUGUACUUUAUCCUCCAAGCGGGAGUCCAGAGUGGAACCAAAUGGAUCACAAUAAUAUGAUGUUCCUUACGAUGUGCUAUUGUUGGCAUUAUGCAUUUGCACUUCUUAUAAUGGCUGUGAAUUAUACUGUGGUCAGCUGGGUAAUUCGUUCAAAAAUGAAACAGGCUCCAACCAUGGAAAUUGGAUUAUUGAAAAUGUCUGACCGUGAUCAGGAGUCGGAAGAUGAGAUCUAGUCACAUACUUAUUUUCUUAUAGCUGUACUUUCUCCAUCGUUAAGCUGUGCUGGCACUCUACACUACCCCAUUUUGGUUCUCACCAUCUGUGCAUAUAUCCUAUAUUGUGUACUGUAAUUUCACCUAAUUUUAUUUUUAUAUUAGGGCUUUGUUUGUGCCAUACUUGAAGUGGAAAUAAAACAUUCUAUUGGAUUGGCUGGAGCUGACAUUGCCAAGUGAACAUCAAUUCAGGUCACGUAACAGAGGUUGGGGUAAACUGGGAAACUGACACGUGAUGUUGGACAGAAACCCACAACUGUUGCAGAAGACAAAUAGUAUACCUCUUAAAGUCACACAGACUAUUGAUAAACUACAUAUCUAUUUUGAAGUAUGCUGAAAACUAUUUCCUUGUAUAGCUUUCAAACUGUAUAUGUUGCAAAUGUAACCUUUGCAGCUGUAUUACUUUAUCAUGUAUUAUUUAUUACAGUAUGUGCUCUUUGCACAAAGGAUAGACGAAAAAGCUAGUUUGGAAUCACUGAGCAUCAGUACUAAGAUAAUAUAUAACAAUUCCAAUUUUCUGGAUAACUUAGGUACCAUUUGAGACUUGCUGGUUGUCUGAUUGAUUUAUGUGUAUGUAAAAAUUACAUUUAUGUGAAAAAGAGAGGCUGUUGAAAUCUUAAUACAGAUAUCUGUAGAAUCUUUUACUCAGAAGCCAUUCUGUGUGUAGGGGGCAGAAUGUAGGAUUUAGAUUUAGAUCAGAGAAGCUGAAUUCAAAUUCCGACUUGCCAAAGGCUUGGGAAAAGGCUGUGUGGCAGAGCAUCUAGUUUGCAUGCAGAAGGCCCCAGCAUCUUUGGUUAAAAGGAUCAGGUGGUAUGCAAGAGCUCCACCUGAGAUGCUGGAAUCAGAAUAGAGAGUACUGGCCUUGACAGACCAAUUGGUCAAACUUACUAUAAGGCAGCUUUGUGUGUUUAUGUGAAGCAUCAUCUGAAAGUGGCCUUAUUUCUGUAAUAAAAUGAAUGGUUGUGAAACAACACUCAGAAUCCAUGGUGCUGUGUGCUUUUAAUUCUUGUGGCAGAAAGGAUAUUCUCAGGUAGGAAUAGCUGAUGUAGGAUAUAAGCAUUAGCAAGAUUAAUAAUAAAUAUUCUUCACAGGUGA